GGUUUUGCUUUAAUGCGAAACGUAAUUAACCCGGAAAAAAGGGCCGAGAGACAAGAGAGAAGGAGGGAGUGAGGGCUCGGGGGCAGAAGAGCAGGAGGAGCCAGAAGCCUCCGAGAGUUUGGCGGCGACAGAGACCACCUCCCGUCCCCUCCGUCCCCCCGAGAGAGACGGCCCGGAGGGCCCGAGAGGCGCUUCCAGCCGGAUGUAACGCGCGCACCCUGCCCGAGCCCCGGCCCUGCGCGGCGGGGGUGAUGUGAGCAGAGCCCAGGAAUGCCUUAUGUGGAUCGGCAGAACCGAAUCUGUGGGUUUCUGGACAUCGAGGAGAAUGAGAACAGCGGCAAGUUUCUGCGGAGGUACUUCAUUCUGGACACGCAGGCCAACUGCCUGCUCUGGUACAUGGACAACCCCCAGAACCUGGCAAUUGGGGCAGGAGCUGUUGGAUCUUUGCAGCUGACCUACAUCUCGAAGGUGAGCAUAGCCACCCCAAAGCAGAAACCCAAAACUCCGUUUUGCUUCGUCAUCAACGCCCUCUCGCAGAGGUAUUUUCUUCAAGCCAAUGACCAGAAAGAUCUGAAGGACUGGGUGGAAGCCUUGAACCAAGCCAGCAAGAUCACUGUACCCAAAGCUGGGAACCUGCCCCUGACGACCGAAGUUCUCAAGAGCCUAGCAACUCCUCUGGCCUUAGAGAAGAAGCCACAGGUGGCCUACAAGACAGAGAUCAUCGGAGGGGUGGUGGUACACACGCCCAUCAACCAGAACGGCGGGGAUGGGCAGGAAGUGGGUGAGCCCGGCUCCCACGCCAUCCUUCGGAGGUCUCAGAGUUACAUCCCCACGACCGGCUGCCGGGGUCCCACCGGGCCGCCCCUCAUCAAGAGCGGCUACUGUGUGAAGCAAGGGAAUGUGCGCAAGAGCUGGAAGCGGCGCUUCUUUGCGCUGGAUGACUUUACCAUCUGCUACUUCAAGUGUGAGCAGGACCGAGAACCACUUCGUACCAUAUACCUCAAGGAUGUUCUCAAGACCCACGAGUGUCUGGUCAAGUCUGGCGAUCUGCUGAUGAGGGACAACCUGUUUGAAAUAAUAACCAGCUCCAGGACCUUCUACGUGCAGGCGGACAGUCCGGAAGACAUGCACAGCUGGAUUAAGGAGAUUGGGGCAGCUGUCCAGGCCCUCAAGUGCCACCCCAGAGAGAUGUCCUUUUCUCGGUCCAUUUCUUUGACCCGCCCCGGAAGCUCCAGCCUCUCAGGGGGGCCCAACUCUAUCUUGUGCAGAGGGCGAGUGCCCGGGGAGGAGAGAAAGACCCUCUGCAAAGCCCCCUCCCUGGCCUCCUCUUGGCAGCCCUGGACACCCGUCCCCCAGGCCGGGGAAAAGCUGCUUCCCACCGAAGAGACUGCUGAGGACUCUUUGUUCACGCCUCGACUUGGGGAGAGCAGUACGUCUGGGGUGCUGCCCAGCUCCCGGAUAAGACACCGAUCGGAACCCCAGCACCCCAAGGAGAAGCCAUUUGUGUUCAACCUCGAUGACGAAAAUAUACGGACCUCUGAUGUGUGAUGAGGCGCGGUGCCUGGGAGGGAGGGGGUGGGCUCAGACAAGGGGCCGUGACUCAGUGUCUCCAUCUGAUGCAGGACAAUCAGACACCUUCCCGGCACUCGAAUCCCUGUGGAGUGGGAAUCCAGCUGACUUUUUAAAGAAAAUGAAUGCAGUGUUUUUCAUUUGGGGAGGUCACUAGGUUAGACCUGUAGGCUUGCUCAGUGUGCCUCUUGCUCGACUCUUCCACAGUCCACCUGGUGAGCGGAGGUUGGAAGUCCAGUUUCAUCCCUAACCAAUUUUUAGUUCCUUGUCUUUGUCUUAGCUUCUUCCCUUUGUUUUCAGGCCAGGCACAGAACCUUGAGGCCAGUCAUCUGGUCUUAUCCUAUUCUUAUACAUUGGCGGAAGUUUGACUGUGAAGUGGGAGAGAGGUAACUAACCCAAUUGGAAGGGUAGAGGGGGUGGUGGUGGUUAGGGGGGCGGGGGAUCCAGGCUCCAGCUUGGUCAGGAUACAUUCUGAGGGAUGGUGUUAAAAUCUGGGGGCGUGUGGGAGGCCCCAAAUGUUAACCAGGGAGACUCCCCCCGCUCCAGGGGACUGCCAUAAGGGAAGAAAUAGGGGCCUUUUGAAGGUAUGGGGAAAUAAUUCAACCUGAGUGGAUCAGCCAGUUUUGAGAAUUACUCUGUUCUCUUUGAGAUGUUCUUUGACCCCGAAUACUGCCACCAUGAAAGACAGACCUCCCCGCCCUAUUUCUGUGUCAGACCCUUAGGAUGGGCUUAUCAGUGUUCAGUGUUGAGAACGAAACAGAGAUUGCCCUUGAUAUGGUGUUAACUGAAAUGUGUGGAAGGUUGAUGAGCGUAUGGUAAUUCACUUGUGUGAUCCAUCAGAUCUCUAUCUUAGAGUUUGAGAGUUGCUGUAAAGCAGGUGCCAGGAAGAGACGGAGUUUAGUUCACCCAGCUAAAAUGUUUUGAUUCAUGUUUUCCUGACAGAGGGAAAAGUCUCUUCUAGCAAAGACAGAUUAUCUUGGGUCCUUGCCUCUCAACUCUUCUUUCAUGGGGGUGUUACUGGUCUAGUUUUCAGUGUUGUACAUGGUAUACCUGGCAGACUUGAUUUCUUUCUGUUCUUUGUGUCGCCUUUUGGAUGAUCCCUUGUGUCUAUACUUGCAUGAUGAUACCUCAUCGUCUGAUGAGGUUCUGUGUGCUUAACACCGAGGAGAUAACAAAGAUAGCCUUAAGAGAUAUUUAUAUUUUUAACAAAAAUAGAAACUGUGCAUAGAAACAUUGAUUUAGAGGCUCUGCAUUGCUGGCUAGAGAUUUCCCAGGUAGAAGAGCAUAGAUUGUAUUUCCCAUCCUGUAUUUUAGGAUGUACCUUUGUCCAUUUGUCAAGAGAUACUAUUUCCAGAUCCCUGGAAGAAUCUGUCUGUCCAGCUUAUGUGGUGAACUGCUACCAGGGUUCCCUAAAGGGAGGGAAUUUGACUCAUUUCUGUCUAUAACUUUGUAUCAGCUAGAUCAGUUAAUUUUUGUCUUUAAAUUAAAACUUAACAAAUAGAUCAGGAGACUAAGAGAAGCAUUUUUACCUAAGUCAGUCCCUUCCCCUCCUGAUGUUCACAUCCAAUGGCAGCAAAAAACAUGUGGUCAGAAAAUCCUUAGUGGCUUGAGGGAAAUCUGUUUCUUUCAGGCAGGGUAGUUUCCUUCUCAGGUUGUGAACUUUUCUUGACUGACCUGCUUUAGAGAUAAGCUUCAUUUAAAUUGUUUGGCCCACUGGUCCUGGUUUGAAAAAGGAAAUCUACCCUGAAUUUUACUCUUUUUCUCUUUUCUUUAUUCUGCAGCUUCUUGUAUACUUUUGUCUUAAAAAUCCCUUGUUUGGGGAUUAUUUAUUUAUGAGUAAUCAGGUGACAACAUAUUUCAAGUCACCUGAUUUCAAGAAGCCAUUCCCAAUUCUUCAAGUUCUUUGUCUCAGGUUUCAUCUUCAAAGUUCCCGCAAGAAAAUUCUUUGGCUAGGUCAAAGAAAGUGCACAGAGAUACGGAACUAUAAAAAUAAAUUAGGAACUUUUGAGAUCUCUUAUACAUUCCCUGACUCAUGGAAAGAUGUCAUCUCUUGGUGUGUCAGAUGUGAAAAUCUACCGAUUUCUUCCUCUCUUUUCAGUAAGCUCUCUGCUAGAUUACUACUGCUGAAUUAAUUGGCCAUUACAGUAAGCUGAUCUGUUUCUUAGUAAGAGCUGUUUUGAGAAUGUAUUAAACAUACUUAUAAAUCCAGAUUGUAUUACCAUGAUAGAGGGAAAACAAGGAUUCUAGUUGGCAGAUACUUGGGAAUUCCAAGUUAGAAUGUUGUUAAUGUAGCUCCAACACCAGAUAAAUAUAAUUAUCUUCAGUGAAGCCUAGAGGCAUGCUCAUUGCCAAAUCUUCUUUCAAAAUUCCUUUUGUGUCCAUUGUUUCUUAGCCUCUGGUUAAUUUCACAUCAUACCUUUUAACGUCACUACAUGUGUGAGCCAAGGAUGGUGCUUAUACGACCAAAGCGUUUGGUUUGAAGUGUGAAAAGUGGAACCAAACGGGAAAAGUAGGGCAGGGAUGCAGGAUCGAUUAGUAGUUAAGUGCAUAGGCUCUGGAAUAAGUCUUGUUUUUUUUAAAAAAGGAACCAAAAAAGAUACUGCAUUUUUUUUGUGUGUAUGGGAUAAAAGCAUUUUCUGAGUUGCUGUUUUGCAUAAGACUUUAGACUUGGUCUUCACCCACUGUGUCUAACAGUUUCAAGUUCUUGAAAGUUAAGGAUUUGCUAGCUCAGAGCAAAUGAGCUGAUGGCUGAUGUCUGGUGAAUGUAGUUUGGCCUUUUGCAUUGUGAGAUGACAGUCCUACUAAGAUGUCAUGGAAACAGAAGAGGCACACAUCGGUUUCUGAAUAGAAUGCUGGGCUCCCAAAGAGUCCAAUUUCAUAGCUCACUUGAAGCAGAAGGCAGUUUUUUGGUUUUUCUUACCUCCCCUCCCCUACAAUGUAAUUGUGGUCUGAUAUGGACUAAAAGGAUCCAAUACAUAAGUGGCAGAUUCAGUAGCUGAACUGUGAGAUUUGAUAUGUUUGUUUUCACUCUUAACCAGAUAGACAUAAAGAGGUAGUAACUAGCAUUUUGGAAAUUGAGUUUCCCAAAUUAGCUUUGUUUAUGAGCUUCCAACAUGUCAGAAAUAGUUUCUGCCAGCCAUCACUUUCUUUUCCCUUACUCCCUUUUUCUGUGUUAUUGCCUGCAGUAGUGAAUUACAGUCACUCAUGCCUGGUAGAGUUUGAGUAAAGCGAAUAUUUGGCCAAAAACCAUACUGUUUGACCCCUUACCCGCUGUCCCAGAAGGUGUGGUAUGAUCCUGUGUUUUGAACCAGUCUGUGUCAGCUGAAAUGCACUGACUUGCAGGCUGAGCUGAGUGCAUGGAAACUCUUAUGCUUCUCAUUUUAUGUGAUCUCUUAAUUGGUAUGUAGCAAAAAUAAUUUUCUAAAACUGUUUUGUUGCUUGUUUUGUAAUAAAACCACGUGAAAUACUGAAA